GAAGUAUUUCAUGGCAUUGUAGAUCGUCCAUCGAGAUUUGGCGGCCAGAAACAUUCUCCUGGCAGAAGAAAACGUCGUGAAGAUAUCAAACUUUGGCUAUGCCAGGGAUAUCCAUGUAAACAAUCAGUACAAAAAGGAAGGAGAUGGUCCAGUACCUUAUAAAUGGAUGGCUUUGGAAUCACUCAUACAUGAGAAGGUUUAUACAAACAAAUCAGACGUUUGGGCAUACGGAAUAACACUCUGGGAGAUUUUCAGUCUUGGAAAGACUCCAUAUCAAGGCAUGAAGUUUGGAGAACUCAUCCAGCGCCUGCAAGCCAACUAUCGCUUGGAGUCUCCGGAUUACGCCAAUGAACCUAUGUGAGACCACUAAAAUACUUAUUACCCACUACGAACUGAAUAUUAACUGAAUUCGUUUCAUUACCAUUUUCUUCUUUCUUGUUGUACAGCUAUCAAAUCAUGAGGAAG